AUCCACCAGUCGCAUCGGAGGUUGCGGCGGAACCGGACGUGUGUUUUUACUCGCUGCGAUUCGGCGAUCCAGAAUUCCCCUUUGCCCGCGUGACAACCUUGGCCUUGGCAGAGUUAUACCCCAGACGGGAAUAGACACAUCAGAAUGCAGCUGCCGUUCCUCCUGUGCUGCACCCUGGCGACCGCCACCGCAACCAUUCUAUAUACGCGCGCUGUGCUUCCAGACCGUACGAUUCGGCUCCGCAACCUUGACUGCGCGUCUGACCUCGGCGAGAGGGGCGUGUGCAUGUUGGCGUGGCACUGCAGAUCCUCCGGCGGUACCCACCUGGCGAUAUGCAUGGACGGGUUUUUCUUUGGGUCCUGCUGUCGUCUGCCGGCCAAAACCGCGACAGAGGAACCUGGCGGCAAAAAUAAAACACAGCUGCCCGACCUCCAAGAGUCUUCUGCUACGACCCAAGAGCCUUUUGCAACGACCCUAUCGAUCCAAGAGUUCACAACGACCAACCUAAUUCAGAAACUUUCACCCACGAUCCUCCCGACUCAGGAAGGUUCAUCCACGUCUCAGGAGUCCCUCACGACAACCCUCACGACCCAGGACUCCAUCACGACGGCCUCCCCAACUGAGCUUCCGGUAACUGACUGGUUUUAUGAGACCACGGCCGCAAUAACCACAGAAGGAGAGGGCCAGCAGGAGACCACAGACAAGAUUCAUCUAGAAAUCACAACUAAUAGUCAGCAAGGGACAACAGGAGAGAUCGAAAAAGAUGUCACAGGCGAAACUCAGCAAGAUACCACAGACGAUAUCCAACAGCAAGACACACAGAUAGUCGAACACAUGCUCUCAAAAAAUAUCAGCGACGCACACUACGAAGACGUGUGCGGCCGGCCCUUCACCCGCACUCCAAGAAUCGUCGGAGGAAAGCGGGCCUCCUUUGGGCAAUUUCCUUGGCAGGCAUCUGUCAGAGUGUGGCGAAAAAGCUCGAAUAUUCACGCGUGCGGCGGCUCAGUGUUGACCAACCAGUGGGUCGUCACAGCGGCGCAUUGUGUUCACAAAGAGAGGACCGACGAGGUAACAGUAGUUCUGGGCGAGCACGACUUGGAAACUAUCGAUGAACCUUACGACUUCAUCGAGAGCAGGGUCGAAGCGAUCAUCCGACAUCCGAACUUUGACUCCACGACUUUCGAAUAUGAUAUUGCAUUGCUCAGGCUUCGUGAUCCAGUCGCUUUCCAGCCGAAUAUCCUGCCCGUAUGUCUACCUAAGGACGAUGACGACCUUGUGGGAGAAAUGGCCGUGGCCACUGGAUGGGGAAGGCUCUCUGCAAAUGGCCCCUUGCCCUCCGUACUUCAGAAGGUGGAGGUGCCAAUCGUCAGCAACGCGAAAUGCAUAGAGAUGUUCCUGACAACUGGCCGCAAGGAGUAUAUCCCAGACAUCUUCGUGUGUGCGGGAUACAAGGAGGGAAAGAGAGAUACUUGUGACGGCGACUCGGGCGGCCCCCUGGUGGUGUUCCGCGAAGGCGUGUGGACUCUCGCCGGAAUCAGCUCGUGGGGCAAAUCAUGCGCGAAACCGAACCUGCCGGGCGUUUAUACCAGAGUUUCGAAGUACAGAACCUUCAUACAGAGAAUCAUACGUUCCGCAUGACACACAGGCAUUUAAUGGUUCCUAGAUUAUCGGUUCCUGGUCUAUUUCAUAGUGACGACACCUUUCCGCAAACGCCCUCUAUGUUGGAAGCUGAAACAGAACUUUAUUCUUAGUGUACUGAACAUUAUCAACACUGCAUCAAAGAAAAUGUUUUCUACAGGAAACGAAACCCAAGUUGCCAAAGCUGAGGGGCGUUGUUGUGUUUAAGUAUUUCCGCUUUUUGUGCAAUGUUGCAUUUCUGCAUUUGUGUUACGCAUUCCUUUGUUGUGGUAAUGAUUAUAAUAACAAUCAUUAUAACAAUAAUCUAAUGGCAUUAUUGCUAGUUUUAUAAGCAUUUUUGUGAUUAAUGUUCACAUCGUUAUCAUCAUUAUCAUUAUGACCAUCAUCAUUUAUUACCAAUAUCAUUAGCAUUAUUAUUAUUAUCAUUAUAAUUGCAAUUAUUAUUCAGUAUGACUGUUAUUAUGGUAAUAAUAAUAAUAAUGAUUAUUAUUAUUAUCAUUAUUAUUGUUAUUAUUAUUUUUAUCAUUAUCAUCAUUAUUGGUGUUGUUGAUAUUGUUGUUAUUAUCAUUAUCAUUGUUUUUGUAAUUAUUAUUGUUAUAGGUCAUUAUUGUUAUCAUUAUCAAUAGUUUUUGUUAUUAUUAUUAUUGUUAUCAAUAUUACUGUUGCUAUUAUAAUCAUUAUGAACCGUAUUCAUGUUGACAAAUGUAGAUAUAAUCGAUAUGAUCUUAGUCAGAAAUACAUGCAUUUCUGACGAAGAUAUAAUCAAAACCGGUCAAAUACAUCUCUUGUAUUGUGAAGAUACUCAUUCUCAUUCAUACCUUUCAUAAUCAUUAUAAUAAUUAUUAUUAUUAUCAAUAUCAUUAUCAUUAUUACAAUAUCAUUAUUGUUAUUAUUUUUUAUUAUUUUAAUAAUAAUAAUGAUAAUAAUAAUAAUAGUUAUUAUUAUUAUUAUUAUCAUUAUUAUUAUUAUUAUUAUUGUAGUAUUGUCACGAUCAUUAAUAACAUUAUAAUUUUCAUUGUUAUCAUUUUUAUUAUCAUUCUUAUUAUUAUUGUUAGUGUUGCUGUUAUUGUUGUUGUAAUUAUUUUCAUCAUAUCUUUAUUUUUAUAAUCACUUUUAUUAUAAUUUUUUUCUUAACAUCAUUAUUAUCAUAAUCAUUAUCAUUAUUAUACUUAUUAUUGUUAUUAUUAUUAUUAUUAUUAUUAUUAUUAUUAUUAUUAUUAUCAUUAUUAUUAUUAUUAUUAUUAUUAUUAUUAUUAUUAUUAUAAUUAUUAUUAUUAGCAUCACUGAUUUUCAUAUUAUCUAUAUUAUCAUUAUAAUACAUCAGUUUCCAUUGUUGUCAUUUAUAUUACU